CUUGACACAUUGUGUGUAUUUAAAGAGCAGAAAUGUUCGACCAGGGUGGUGGCAAUUCAACAAACAGGAUGUGACCGUAAAGAAAUUCCCUAGAGAUAGUGAAUGGAAGACAAGGAGGUUUUCUCAUGCUCACAUCUGACUUAACAAUAGCAGCAAAUUUCAGACGUUAUUUUAGGCCGUCACUAAUAUGUACAGCGGCCUGUGAGUCACUGCAGAUUUGCAGUGGUCAGUUCAAGGCUAAAAAAGCUGUUUUGCUUUCAAUAAUAUUUAACUUGCUGGUUUUAGCCACAUCCCACAGUUCCACACAAUCUGCUACUGUAUUGACUGUGGGAAACGUGAUCUCUGUGUGUAACAAGCUCUCUGGAAUACUGUAUGGCCCAUCCUGGGAAACACAAGCAAUUGCAAAUAUGUUCUCCACCAUGUCCUUGCUGUGCAGAACAAUGGCCUGACUGUUUCUCUGGCAAUAUGCAUGGCCACAUCCUCCAGCUGUGUGUAAUCCAAGCUGUAGCCUCUUUUCUCCAUCUAGAACCGAAGACUGCCACUGUACUGCGAGGCAGUGAGGUCCACUUUAACUGCAGCACUGAUGAAUCCUGGGAUGUCAUGACGUGGCUGUUGGGUGGAAGGACGAUCCUCAGCAUCUCUGAGGUCCAUGGUCUCCUGGGCAGAGAUGACAGUGUGUGGACAGUGAAUCACUCGCUGUCGGCUGUCUCAGUGUGGGAGUUAGUGCUGAUGAACGCCUCUUUCAGCCCCACUGUACAGGAGCUCACAUGUGAACUUCUGCCCACCAAACUCAGCAGAUCAACAGCGGACCUGUUUGUACAAGAAAAAGGAACUGUCAGGAUUUUGGAGGGUGACCUGUCAGUUCAAGAAGGAAUGCUUGUCACCUUCCAUUGCCAAGCGCUCGGCUGGUACCCGAAGCCUUCGGUGUCCUGGGUGGUCAACGCCACGGCUGUGGACAGAGGCGACUACAACACCAGCAGUCUUCAGGACCCCAGCGGCUUGUUCACCUCCACCAGUGUGCUGGAGAUGAGAGCAGAGGCGAGCGGCGCAGUGGAGUGUGUGGCGUCUGUGUCUGCAGCUUUAGCCCAGCAAACCAGCAGCGUCCAGCUGACUGUAGUGCCACCGCAAACUACACAGGACCACACAGUUGUGAUCGCCGUGAUCGUGUCGGUGUGUACGAUCAUUCUGCUGGCAGCGCUCAUCCUCAUCUUGUGCUAUAGAAGAAAACGGACAAAAUUGAGCUCUGAAAAUAAAUUCAGCUCCUCUUCAUGGACUGUCAAUUUAAGCAGUGAGAGGAGGUCCGUUGCUGAUGAAACCAGAGGAAAAGUGAACCCAGGAUACAACGCUGAAGACGUAACAAGUUCAGGACACAGUGACCCCAGGAAUAGAGCUGACAGCCCGAUAAACAUCAUCAGCCCGUCACGGGUUCCUGAUAUUGUCAUGUUCAGCUCUCGAAGUCAGAACGAGGAAGAUGUUUCUAACUUGGACUGCAAUGGAGCAAAGAAGACAGUCCGUCGGGUCACUACUGUUUGACCUCAGGGUCAACCACAGAUCGAAAGAAAGGCUGUUUACAUGCUGCUGUGGACCAGCUUUCUGUUCAGAGAGAAGCCAGAAAUUCAAUCUGACCUUAUUGUUACUCUAAAGAAGUCAUAUUGCUGAAGAUAAAGAUUCUGUGACUUGCGGUGAUGUCUGCAUGCAAUCAUUCAGCCAUACAGCCAUAAUGACAAUGCUUGUUUGUUUGUUCUUUGUAUUUUGCACUAUUUUUAUUUUACUGGUGUUCCACCUUAUUCAAUUGGAAUAUUUUAUCAAUUAUUUAUACAGAUCAAUAUUUUACACAAUAAAGUACAUCAGUAUUGGUAUUGCCAUUUUUUCUAAAUAAAAUGAGCGUUAUACUGUCAAGUAUGCCACCAAAACAACAACAAUGUCUCUCUCAGAUGGUUGAGGGUUCAAAUAAGGGAAAUGUGCAAAUUUCGGUCUCUCUUCAUGUUUUUCUGGCUGCUCGUCUCUCAUGGAUGGCAACUGCUGAAUAAAUUAGGGACACCCUCAGUAAGUCACACAAAGCUGUCGUGAUAUGAGAGGGCGAUAACAUAACCCUUUUGUUUUUGUUUGGGUCUCCAGACCAGUGUUAUCUUUCCUAGACCUGCUUGUGUUACUGAGGUGGUCAUUUGCCAUUCACAAGUGGUGGAUUGAUGUCGGGGUCAAGCAGACUGUUUCUCUGGGGUGAUUUACAGAGGCCACUGUUUGUCUUUCAAAGACUUCUGCAUCAUUGCUUCUGAAGUCUGUUUCUCUUCUCUCUGCCGCUCUCCUAUUGUUUUGGCAUUUACGACAGAGGAUGUCUUCAUUGCCUCUCUCUGUUCUGAGGAAAUGGUUUUGCAAUGCAGUAUUUGAGACGAUGUUAGAUAAUAAACGUGGUAUUCUUCUACAAACCUU